AUGCUCUGUAACAGCCACCCAAGCAAACAACGUCAAUGUUACCUUUCCUACCAUCCUCUUUGCCGAAGAUUCGUGGUGGCAAAAGGUGGCACCAUCGUCUUCUUCGGUGUUCACCAACUUAAAAUCAACAAAUACUCACUCAAAAGCCCCACCACUCUCAUCUUUCAAGCACUUAAAUUCUUCCCCUUACAUUACUUCAUCAUCUUCUCAUUUUCCACUUUUCUUCCAUAUCUCUCAUCAAAACUCACUCAUAAUUUCUCUUCUUCUUCCACUUUAUCUCCUUUCAAGAGUUUGAGUAAGAGAAUGCGAAAUUUGAGUUCACUGAAGCGAGAAUUCUUAAAGAAAUGGAUAAAGGGUCUAAGAAAAUACAACUCUGAAAAGAAGAACAUGAACUUGUUGGAGAGAAAGAAAGCCAUAAAGCUUUCUGCAGAUAUAGCCAUGGCUUCGACUAAAGACAAAACUACCCUUUGGAGAAAAGCAUUUAUUACAAACACUUCAACAAGCAUAGAUCAACAAGACAUAUCAACAUCAUCACCACAAAAGAAGAUAACAAAGAAAAACUCGACUAAUUCGUGUCGGCUUUAUCGAAAAAGGAUAAUUGGAAGCAGAAAGAUCUUGAGAAGAAACCGUGUGAAGGGAAGAGUGGAGGCAAGGUUUAUUGCAACCAAGUUGGUUAAGAAAAGAACAAGAACGCUCAAGAGUUUGUUACCAGGUGGAAAAUUCAUGGAUGAUGCUUGUUUGGUUGAUGAAACCCUAGAUUAUAUACAGUCUUUGAAAGCUCAAGUUGAAGUCAUGAGAUGUCUUGUUACUGCCUCAGAGCUCUUCAUUAAUCCACCGUAA